UUUGGUAGUAGAUCUCACAUAAAGAAAAAACUGAAAAUACAGAAGCAGAAUCAAGAAGCAUCACCAUAAACCCCUCCUUAUCACCCAGGCCUCACCAUGCCUACUCUAACUCUAAAAUCACCCCAUGCUCAAAUCUUCCAAACUCCACCACAUUGCUACUUCCCCUUCCCUCAAUCUUCCUCUUCCCUCCUCACCUUUUCUCCUCUGCCCAUUUCCCCUUCUUGUCUUAACUUCCUCUGUAAGUCCCUCACAGCCACCAUUUCCCGCUCUGUCUCAGCCCACAACCACCAUACAACCACUGAACCAUGGCUGGCCCAAGUCCCAGAACAACCCAACACCACCGCCACUGUAGAAGAGGCACCUCCAGAAGAGGGCCCAAUAGAAAUCCCAUCUUCCAGUCCUUCCGUUUUCGCCACCUCCGACAAGCCUACUCCCAUCCAAACUGCCACCAGUGUCCUCCUCACUGGCGCCAUCACUGUCUUCCUCUUUCGCUCCAUCCGCCGACGAGCUAAACGCGCCAAAGAAUUGAAACUUAGGUCAUCAGGAGCUAAGAAGUCGUUGAAGGAGGAAGCAUUGGAGAAUUUAAAGGUAAUGGUGCCAACACCGAUUGAUGCUAAGUCUUCACCUUCACCUGUUCAAGCAUUGCUGGGAGGUUUAACAGCGGGUGCCAUUGCGUUGCUUCUUUACAAGUUCACCACCACUAUUGAGGCUGCUCUCAAUCAGCAACCACUUUCAGAUAACUUCUCAGUUCGCCAGAUAACCAUAACCAUCAGGACUAUUGUCAACGGUUUGUGUUACCUUGCUACAUUUGUCUUCAGCAUAAAUUCUGUAGGAUUACUUCUUUACUCCGGCCAGCUUGUGAUCAACUCCUUUAUGGGAGAUUCUCAACCAAACGAGUCAAAAAAUGGAGGUGAAGCACAGGUAAAAUCAUCAGAUGAAUCACCGAAAGGUCCCAUUGAUAGUUCUGGGAUAAGGAGUCUUAAUGAGGAUCCAAGUUCAGAUAGUUCACAAUAAUUGCAGAUAUAGCUAACAGACACCAAAGCCCUCUAGUAAACAAGAUUGAAUUUAGACUAUAACAGCAGGGCAGAGGUUAGCCAUUGAUUUUAUUCAAGCUGAAGAAGGAAAAUGCUGUUCUUAAAUAGGUGUGCUGACAUUAGUUUCACAUGAAUUUUCCCAGAUGUUGUGUUUUUGAGAAGGUCUAUGGAAACGGGGAUCCCAGCGGUUGUAGUUAAUUUGCCUCGUCUAGAACAGACAAAAGGAAACUACUGAUUCCCUUGUAAGUUACAAAUUUGGAAGGAAAUGAAUGAACUGGAGACAAGGAAACUUCUGAUUUGCUUGUAUGCAUUGUGGAUCUUCAAUCUUUAUAAAGGUAAAAAAAUCUUUGAUAAAAACUGUGUACAAUUGUGAGUUACAAUGUAAAUUUUUUUGGUAAAUUCAGCAAGAAAAAGGAGAGGUCGUGAUUACUCUAGGUAAUAUUGUUGUAUAGGACUGAAGAGUUGAUUGCGUUUGAGAGAUUCUGCAUCGUCUGUAGUUGACUAAGCUUUAAGUCAGGAACCAUAUAUCCAACUGGGAAUCACCCGACCGUCUACUUCCUUCCUUGUGGUCGUCUUUCAUGAUGCUCAACAGCUUUGGUGACUUCAGACACGUCCUGACCAAUCCGUGGAUAGUGAUACAAAACUGUUCUAUUUGCGUCCAGCCUAAGCAACAAUCCCACCAUGGUGACAGAGGAAACAAACAUUGGAAUUGGACCAAAGACCCACAGCAGAAAAGUGGUGGCUAAAUAGAGAACCCUCAUGCCAAAUUCGUAGAAAAUACUUCCUGUUAUCAUUUCUUUUUCAAUGUGGCUCAUAGGAACAUCCGCGUUUGGCAUGGUCAUGAGAAAACUGGCAUUAACCAAGCACCUUGAAGUUUGUACAAAUGAGCCAAAGGCCACCAGGAAGCAGACGAGUAAAGCCACAUACUUGAUAGAAAUAACUGAAGGACUUGUGGCUCCAUAUAUAAGGUUGCUCGUAAAGACUGUCCUGUUAGAACUCCCCAGCCAUGCUCCAAUUAAAGAGCUCAGCACUAGAGAAAUUGAAGACAGCGCAGAUGCUGCUGACAUGGUGUUGGCAAUCACUGAUAAUGCCGGCCUGUCUUUGGCUUCAAUCUGCAGACCAUUUUCAAGGUGCUCAUAAAUGAAUGUGCCAUAUCAAUCUGCAGUUUAUUUUCAAGAUCCCGGCAGAGAACCAAAAAGGUAAAAACUACAUGCACAAAGAAAUCAAGAAAAAGAAAAAAAGGAUUUGAAGUUACUGACCUCCAUCAUUCUUUCAACCCAAACUCUUCUGUUGUGAUUCUCAUAUCCGAUGGUUGUGGUGCUUGGAUAUCUGAGGUACCUAUACAGAAGGAAGUGAUGGUACCCAAACAUAAUGAAUAAACUCGCAGGUACCAGAAUUACAUCCAAGAAUUCCUUCCUCCACGGCCCCCACAUUCUUCCAGCUAUGUCUUCUCCAAGAAUACGAGUGUUUUUGCAGACAAAGAAACUAUCACUCAACGUCAACCAUCACUGCUAGUAGUAUUCUCCGCCACUCCAAUAUGGUAUAAUUGGAAAAUGACACAACUCUUAUAAGUUCCUUGUAUCACCCUCCCGGUAUUGAAGGUUUGAGCAUGCUUUUGGCUAUAUUUUAUUUCAUUUAUUUUAUAGCUACACUCAACUGGAGAUGAUACUACUAAUUAAAUUAUCAUGUCAUGUUGCAAAACUGCUAUUGGAUCAAAAUGUUAUGCGUUCCUUCACAGAUGUUUUGUGAAUAGAAUAUAGGACUGGUUGUUGUUGUUUUCAUCAUUGAUAGACUUUUCCUUAUGGUACCUUUUUGGUUUAAAAAAAAAAAUAUCAAAGUGGCUGUAGACCCCAA